AUGGCUUCAAACUUGCUCAGCUCAAACGAAUCACCCAACAAGAACGACCUCAACGACCGGGCUAGUACCACCGGCACCAGCUCACCUCGUCCUGCAAACGAAGCGAGCCCACUCAUCCCAUCAAACUCAGCCAGUCCAGCUUCAAACCGUCCAGAGAACAUUCGUGCUAUUUUCUCGGAUCGACUCUGUUACUAUAUCCCUGCUCUUGAUUGGAUUCCCCAAUACUCCCGCAGAGAUUUACUCAACGAUACGAUCGCCGGUCUGACUCUCGCAUCAUUACUGAUCCCUCAGUCGAUCGGCUAUGCCUCCAACCUCGCCGGCAUACCGUCUAUCAACGGCUUAUUCUCUGCUGCAAUCCCAGCAAUUGUUUAUCCAUUGCUCUGUACCGGUCGGCACGUCUCUGUUGGACCCGAAGCUGCGUUGAGUUUACUGGUCGGACAUGUCAUCAAACAAGCCAUAGCACAUCGACAAAUUCAUUCCGGACUACAGCCACCUACCGAUGCUGAGCUACUGCAACUCUCAAUUACAAUCUCCACCCUCUUAACUUUCGAAACCGGCCUUAUCGCCUUCAGCUUCGGCUUUUUCCGACUUGGAUUCUUGGACGCCGUACUCUCUAAAGCCCUGCUCAGAGGAUUCGUCACCGCUAUCGCUGUCGUCAUUGCAAUCGAGCAGCUCCCAUCCCUACUCGGACUCGCCGCCCUCGAAAAACAGCAGGGCAUCAACGCCGAAGGAUCGAUAGAAAAGCUCAUUUGGACUCUCUCCAACCUCGGAAGGAGUCACAAGCUUAGCUGUUUCAUCAGUCUCACCGCCUUCGUCCUCCUCCUUUCCAUUCGCACAUUCAAGUCCUCUAAAUUCUGCAGGCGCAAGUUGCCUGGAUUGAAAUAUCUACCCGAGAUCCUCAUCACCGCUGCGAUCGCAAGCUUCGUCACCGAUCUCUGCAACUGGGAUCAAAAAGGGGUCGCCGUCCUCGGUUCGAUAUCCAUCAGCGAAGUCCGCUUCGAUCUACCGUGGAAAGGCGUCUCGAAAAAAUUAGUUCAGGAUACGCUAGGUACCGCAUUUACACUAUGUAUCUGUGGUCUUGUCGAUUCGAUCGUCGCGGCUAAGGGCGAAGCUGCCAGAUUUCACUACUCGAUCAGUGCGAACAGGGAGCUCGUCGCUUUGGGAGCAGCAAACAUAGCCACAUCUUUUGUGAUGGGGGAUAUGCCUGCAUAUGGUUCGAUCACCAGAAGUAGAUUAAACGCAUCCGCUGGCGCUCAAACUCCCAUGGCUUCGAUCAUCACCGGGUUGGCGAUCCUCAUCGCCAGUUACUUCCUCUUGGACUAUCUGUUCUUCUUACCGAAGUGCGUUUUGGCCGUCGUAAUCUCAUUGGUGGUGUUCAAUUUAUUUGCCGAACUUCCGGAAGACUUCAUGUUUUUUUGGAACUUGGGAGGAUGGACUGAGCUAGCUUUGAUGACUACGACCUUUUUGUUAACAUUGGUCUAUGACAUCAAAACGGGUAUCAUGAUUUCCGUUGGAGUCAGCUUAAUUCUCACGAUCAAAGAUGCCACUGCGAUGAGAGUCAGAAUAUUAGGUCGGGAUCCAAUCACUCGCACGUGGGAGCCGAUCGAUACGAAGAAGACUGAAACUGAGGAGGUGGCUAGAGGAAUCGAAGAAGAAAUCCCGGGCGUGCUUAUUGUCAAGAUUAGAGAAUCGCUCAGUUUUGCCAAUGUAGGUGGUUUGAAAGAAAGAUUGAGGCGACUCGAAAUGUUUGGCUACAGAAAAAGACAUCCUUCGGCUAAGCGAGAGCGAGAGGAUACACGAAUGAUUGUCUUUCACUUGGGAGACGUUGAUAAAAUCGAUGUCUCGGCUUUGCAGAUCUUGAAAGAAAUCCUUCAGGAGUACAUCGAUCGACACGUGAUCGUUUGGAUUUGUCACGUCAAGCCUAGUCGCUAUGAAGUCUUUAAAAAAGCUGGGAUAGUCAAUGUUGUCGGCGAAGAUCGAUUUUUAGCUAAUGUUAAUCAAGUACUUGAAACUGCCCAAAGCAACUCCUUGAUUUCAAUCGGCCAUCAAGAGAUGGAAAUCCUACUAACCGAUGAAAACGAGGAGUAUCUGCCCUCUUGA